AUGUGCGUGUUUAUAUUCUGUCAAUCAGCCACAGCUUCGCUUGAAAGAAGACUAAAGGCGAUGCAUUAUGAGAAGGCCCAAAGACCUUUCCAUGGAAAUAGUCCAGUCAAUGUUACAGUGCAAGUACAUAUCUAUAUGGUGGGACCAAUUGAUGAAAAACAUUUUACGUUUGAGUCUGGUUUUUAUUUGAGACAAUGGUGGGAGGAUCCUCGACUUAAAAAUAACGAUUCGUCAACCUUUCAUGGCACUUCGCUGGAUCAUCUGUUAUGGAUACCAGACACAUCGGUUUAUGAUGCCGACACUUUAACCAAGUUUAAUGACGCCAUUAGAACAGUUAUUGAGCCAACUGGUGUGGUAUAUACCAGUCGAAGGUUGUCAACUAAAACUCAUUGUAAUUUGGAUUUAAAUUUCUAUCCUAUGGAUACUCAAACAUGCAAACUCAUCCUUGAGAGUUACGCAUUCACAACAAACGAAGUCAACAUCUCUUGGCAUGACGUACCACUGAUAAGAAGUGCAGAUUUAACACUUGAAGGUUUUGAUUUGAGGAAGAUGUCAACAAAGACGAGAAGAACAGAAGUACUUGUCGGAAGUAAUUUUUUCUUAUUUUUCCAUUUAUUAAUUUAUUUAUUUGUUUCUUUACUUGUUUAUUUUUUUAAAUUAAUUAAUUCUCAAACGCGAAAAAGAAAAAUACAUUAUUGGUUCCGUAAAAACAAAUAA